AGUCAAGUCAGUGUGGCCGUGGACGCCGUCAGGGAGGCUAGUCUGUCGCUCUCCGCCCAGUGGCCGCGCGCCUCUCUGAUCACCGGUCACCCGCGCCCACUUCUCCAGGGGUCAAUGGUAGUUAAGAGAGAUGGUAACGCUGAGAGGGAGAGAGUGCCGGCCGCCUGGUUCCCGGCUAACAGCCUCGUCUACUGUGUACGACUUCGGUGGUCGUGUUAAGUCGUAUUGGCCUCUACGACCCGCGAAAAAUUGACAAGAGUUGUGAAACUAAGUUUUGCUUGACAGACCGCAAACAUUUCAGUGAUUGAAGCAACGAAAAUUAUAUAUAUAUCGGAAAGAUCUAAACGGUGAACUGGUUCCUUGUGGACUGUUGUUAUAGUGGUUAUUGUGGCAGAGUGUGGUGAGGAUGGUGUGGAGGAGCACGACAUCAACCCUGUAUAGUGUCUCGUGUCAUCAUCACACUCCUCCGCCAUCACAGAUGAGGGGCGGGAAGACCACUACGACCUUGGCUACCACCACGUGAUCCAGCAUCACCACGUAACUCAAUAAGAGUAGACAGAAAAGUCUUCAGUGUGAUGUAAGUGUGGCGGUACACAACGUCGUGUUGCAUCAUGGGAGGAGCAACCCAAUGACGGCAAAAAAGCAGAAAAUCCAUAGUGAUAAAGUGCGAAGAGGCGGCAGUGGACUAAGUAGUGUGGACUGGACGGCGGUCCAGGGCGCACGCACUCUCCUGUGUCACUCGCGGCGUGUGUGGGGAGGACCCUCGCCACCCACACCUCUGCUCCACACUACCACCAUGAGGGUUCUACUCCUGGCUGUGGUGGGCGUGGUGUCAGGCGUGGCUGGCUACAGCAAGACGCCGAAGCAGUACCACAUACAGACAGACACCGGUCCUGAUCGCUACUUCAGGUACCAGACAUACAAUGGACAGUACAGAAAGGAGAAGCGACUGGACGACGGGACAGUGAUCGGGACGUACGGCUGGGUGGACGCCACGGGACUCCUACGUCUCUACGACUACAUCGCCGACACCAAGGGCUACCGCAUCGUCCGCCAGAAGACGAUGAAAGUGCCCAAGAUUACUGAGCCACCUCCGGAAACUCCAGUGACACAAGAUCCAAGUGUCUUGCAUAUAACACAAGAACCUAGCAUAUCACAGUUAACUGAUGCGACCAAAAGACCUCUCGUACCAGCACCUACCGAAGUGCAGGCACAAAGCAUCUCUCCUCCCAUUACCAGUGUCCCAGGCUCAGAACCCACUAGAAGAGAUCCUCCUCCUAGUGUUCCAUUAUACGAACCCACAAGGAGAGAUCCUACUUCUAAUAUUCCAUUAUCUCAACCCACUAGGAGAGACCCUAUUUCUAGUGUUCCAUUAUCUCAACCCACUAGGAGGGACCCUACUUCUACCAGUGUCUCAGGCUCAGAAUUCACCAAGAGUGACCUUUCUUCAGCCAGUGCUCAGGGGCCUCUCAUCAACCCCGUCAGCCGACCACUGGUGACAACGAACACCAAGACACGGACGCGAGGCAGCACCAGGUGGGGAGGGCGGCCAGCAGCCUCCCACAAUCUCCGUCAACAACUGCGACCAUUCCGACGCACUCAGCCUAAACCAGAUACAAGCCCUAACCUGAGACGACCAAGUACCGGGGAACAAGACACAGGUCUGUCCAGAACUCCAAAUACAGGGACUGAUGACUUGCCAACAGAAGGAAAGUUCACCAUCAACUACGACCUGGGUAACCAGUUUCACUUUGAAAAAAUACUCUCAGAUGGCACCAAAGUUGGCAAGCAUGGCUACGUCGACCCACUGGGAAUCCUGCGAGUAUCCCACUACACAUCAGGUCCUGCAGGACACAAUCAACGUCAAGAAAGUCGCUGGGUAGGCUCACGUGACCCCUACAAUCUGUAGCCCCUUUUCUACUGUACUUCUAGCACCCAAGAGGCCCACAGGAUACCUCAAAGUCAGAAGAGUCAUUGGGUAGACUUGUGUGACAGUCACCCACAUCGUUAUUCUCAAGAUGUUUCAUGUAAUAAAAGGAAUCCUACACCCCAUACCAGAAUAUUCUUCAAUGGGCAUGAAGAAAGUCAUAUUGUAUGAGAAAAAAUGACAAGUUUCAUGCAAGUAGUGUACUGCUGGUGUAUCAUGCCUGUGAAAAAGAUAUACAGUACUCAAAGGAGUAUGUCACCAAAUCUGAACCAGGUGAAAUAUAGAAACAUUGUGAUGGGAUUUAUCUUUGUCAUGUGUCAUAUAUGGAAGAAUGUUGAUUGAACAUAGGCAUAAUCUUCCACUAUAUAGACACAGAAAUAAACUUUAUUAUACACUGAACUGCUCUCGGGUAAUCAUAUCAGUACAGACACCCCAACAAGGUGGAAAUAAGCAUCAAAUUUUAAAAUGCUUGACAUGAACAGACUUGAAGAAGGUGCUGUCCCUCCUUUUACAGCACACACAGCAUUGUAUGUGUUGCUUGUGCCAUUCAUCUAUUCCUUUAUCCAUAUUUUAGGAUGCCAUUCUUCAUUGUCUUAGCCAGUCACGUCUUAUAUCUUGUUUUAUCAAGAUAUAUCUUGAUAAACAAUGGCAAAAUAACCUGUGAAAAUGCUUUUGUGAUAAUUUAUAAUUAACUGUGAUUGUACCACUGUAGUGCUAGAAUUCCAUCGAUGUUGUAAGAUGGCUAAACAUGAAAAUAUUUACAUACUGUAUUUUUAAUGACUGUUAAAGUACCUUUUGAAUACCUUUGGUAGUAUGACUACUAAUCCUGGCAUACAGUAUUUCCUCUAAUUUGGCUAUCACUCACAAACAGUUUGAAGCAAAACUUACUAAUUCAGAACAAAAUAACUAUUCAUUAUGACAACUGAAAUUCUGGUUAAAUUUUGCAAAUUGACGACUAAAGUCUUGGAAAGAUUCUGCCAAAGGCGUCAACAAAGAGAGCAAGUAUGUAGAAAGUUGUGUUCUCAAAACAUUACUGAACUACAAUGUGUAGGAUGAAGCCAGAGGAAAGCUAAACAGUGUGACUUGUGUGUUAUGCCAAAAUAAUCACAGCGUGUGAGCACGUUAAACAUAGCAAUACAAGAAUGUGAUGUAAAUGUUAGAAACAUAAUAACUAAUAUAUUAAUAAUUUAUCUACUGCAUUAACAUUGUCCUUAUAUAGAGGCUGUUGCUGUGAUGGCAAGCAAAUGGAUUACUGAGACCUAUGUGAUACUUUUGUGACUUGCAGUGACGGUGAAGUGUUUUGUAAUUCCUUCAAUAUGAGGUACUACUAUUAAAAUUUGAAGUGUUGGAAAUAUAUUUAUGUAUUAUGACUAGGAGUGGUGAAAUAUUGUAGUGCUAUUUACAAUGCUGGUAGUGCCGGGGUAUGUAAUUACUCCAUCAUUGGGUAUUAUAAUUUUUAUAUUAAAGUACUGUACUUAGGUAUUGUACUGAUGAAGUGGGGUGAGAAUCAUGACUUUGGUGGUGUUGAGUAUUGUAAUUUAUAGUGCUGGCAAAAUAUUGGAACACUGGUUUAGUACCUGUAUAGGUAAAGCAAAGAAAUUUGGAAAUGCUUCAGUAGAAGUACAAAAUUGUAAUUACAGAAAGGUAAAUUCAGGAUUCAAUUAAGCUAUUUUACAAGAUAACUGAUGAAAUGCUAUUUUUUUUAAGGUUUAAACCAAGCAAUGGAAGGGUUUACAUUAGUGAUAUGACACUUUAAAGAAUUACAUACAAGCCAUUAACAUGCUCAAAAUUAUAAUUACAGAAUGGAAAUGUUUCCCAAAAUAAAAACAAGUGGGUGCCUAGCUUUGGGCUGGUUUGGAUAACUGGGAGAAAAAAUCUGUCUGUCUUUAAAGUAUUUCUAAAGUAGUUGUGAUGUCAUUUUCACCAUUUAUAAGAGAGUUGUGUUGGUUUAUUUAUUAGUAUAUCCACUGUUUUCCAUCUGUGCGAAAAAUAUGAUUUAGCAAUAAACAUCAAUGCCGUGGGAAUCCUGAAAGUAUGUUUUACUAAAUUUUGUAUUUUUUGUAAAUCUGAGUUUAAUAUUAUGGCUAUAAAAUAUUUUGGUUCAAAAUUUGCAAUAUUUUUUUUUUAGAUUUUACAGGUAAUAUUAAUCAUGAAUUUUGUGUUUUAAGUGGAAACUAUAGUGUUAGUACUGUAUUAGUAAUCAACCAUAUAUUAAGUGCAGGUUUACUCUAAAUACUAUGCAGUUACUGUAACAUCUUUUAAAAGAGGCUCAUACCUAAUGAGUUAGUUAAUUUAUUUCAUUUUGCCAUUCACUUGUGAUAGAGGCUGGAACCCAAGUCAUAGAUGGCAACACAGGGUAGAUCCUAUGCUUAGUAGCCAUAGGUUAUACCAAUGGCUUUUUUCAUAUAUUUAUGUAUAUUUAAGUAUCUUCUUCAUCACAAUUUUCUAGUUGUGAGUAGUAAUACAGUGUUUAUUUGUAGCACAAUGUAAUUGGUUGUGCGUGAUGGCACAGCCUGGGGAAAAGGUCCCUGAGCAAGAUUAUCAUAGCACACUGUUGUAACUUCACUGAUACCAAACACUUAUCCAUUUCCAGGCUAUUCAGUAAUUUCCAUUCAUUAAAUGGAUGCUAAACACUAAUCAUAUACAGUACUACACUUAAACAUUAAUGACCACACUUUACUCUGUAUCUAACCUAAUUGCUCUGUUCGCCUAGCAGCAAGUAGGUACCCCGGAGUUAGUCUGCUUGUUGUGGGGUUGCAUCCCGGCCGGGGUCAGUAACUCAACCCUGGGGGCCCUCGAUACAAGCCUAAUGUGUGUGUGUGUGUAUAUAUGUACAUGUAUAUGUAUAUGUAUAUAUAUACACUGGCUGUCUGUCCCCCCACAAAACAAUGAAUAAUCUUUUAAAGCCAGUGCACCACAGUUGUACUGCAUAACCACUGGGUCUUAUUGUUAAAAGCUUUAAAUGGUACCUACCAACACAUCACUGGCUAUAAAUAGUCAGAAUAUUAUUUCCAUAUACAUAAUGUAUUGUCAAUUAGGUAAAAUUACACUUUCAUCUGAUCAGAAGUCUUCAUUAUUUUCAUGCAUGUUCAGUUACCCAUCUCUCUACCAUCACUCUUGUACUUCUGCUUCUAUUCUUUUGUCAAAUAGACUAAAUAGACAUCAAAUCUCUAUUUAGGGCCUUUUGAUCAUUCUCAAAGAAACUGAAGUAAUUCUCUCCUUCUGGCAUCUUCUCACAGUGCAGUACCUGACUUAGAGUGUGUGUCACAUGCCAUGACAACCGUAUCAGUUUUAUCAACGUUUAGGCUGUAGCCUCAAGUGGCCCCCAACCCAGCUCUCACCCAUGCUCUGCCAUCAUACUCUCAUACUUUACUAAUGUCACCCGCAAUAAUAGGCACUAUUUAUUAUGUUGAAGUGCUCAUAAGUCCUUGAUGGUAGUACAACAUAACCUGCUUCAUGUGCCAUUUUUAACCAACCAAUGAUCCACUGACACGUCGAUUAUUCAGUAGUCAUGUAGUAUGUUUGACUUCGGUGGUGGUGUGGUAUACAGGUGUAGGGAACAGGCCACACCAUACACAACUUGUCCUCCUAACUUCAGUAAGUUGAACACACACACUAUAAACAACAAAAAUACAAGUAGUACCCAGUUGAAGAAUUUAUAUACUGUACAGUAUCUUGUUAUCAUAAUACUGGUAUCAGUUAAUGCAUACAAUAUAUCGGUCUUGUAUACCUUAUAAUGUAGCUGUAAGGCUACAUCUGUAAAGUCCUCACCUAUGUUGACGACAUACAACUUUAUUUGGAUGCCUGUGUCAUAAAAUGUACACAAUUGGUGAUCAAAAUCUUUUCUCUAUACAGUAUAUAUAUUACAGGUAUUAUACAGUAUAUAAAAAAAUUUUACUUACACAUUCUAAGAGUAGGUAUUGGCCUCUGAUGUUGUUGAUAAGCCAAAACUUCCUCAUUAUGUGCAGGUGUGUGUGUGUGUGUGUUCACAUACUGAGUAGGGCUAAUUCUGACACCAGCAGCAGCAGUCCGAGCAGACAGUGGCUCACACCUGACCGCAUGUCGUGUUGCUGUGUCUUGUCAGCCUUGUAAUGCCUGAAUUCUGUUGGUAAUAUUAGUCGGCAGUUCUCUGGCUCUCUAAACUUGUGUCAGUUAAGUGGGGGUUCCUGAUGCUGUCUCAUUUAAAUUGUGUAAAUAUGAGGGUCUGAUAUAUUCAUAAUACUGUAGAGGAUAGAGGUUUUGGUGGGUUGGGAAAGCAGACCAGGGUUUAAUAUGCUUGUAGUGUAGGUUUGGGGUUCUGUUAUAUAUGUGUAGUAAAGGUCAAGGAUUUUGGUCUCCCUAUAGUGUAGGUAAAUGGUUAUGGUAUAUUUAUAGUGUAGAUUAACAGUUUCAGUAUAUUUGUAGUAAAGUAUAGGGGAAAAGGAUUUUAGUAUAUGUAUAGUGUAGGUUUAGGAUCUGGUAGAGUUGUAGUGUAGGUCAAUAGGUUCUCAAAUGCUUGCAAUGCAGGUUAUGGGUUGUGGGAAAUGAGCAGCAAAUAUUAACAAAUGAUGUGACCAAUGAAAUGAAAAUUUCACAUGACACUUAAGGGAAUUAAUGAGAGAUCCAGUUAACUGGCGUCCGAUUAACUGACAGUUUGGCUAUUAGGAGGGUAUCCCAUAUAACUGGUGAUGCACGUACUCUUAUGUGUUGAUGUGGACAUGAAAAACACCAAGUGUGCAUUUUUUCAGUGUACUUGUUCUCAGCAACAGCUGGCCAAUUUCUGGUAUUUUGCUUAUGUGGCCAAGCUUUGAGGUGUUGGAAAGUUACACGAACAGUUAUGCGUGCUAAUGAAAUGACAAUUUGUGAUGUGUGGUAAGCUCACACUACUCCAAAGGUAGCAAAAAUGUGAACCAAUAUGUGAGUUUUAACUAACUCUGUGAUAGCUGUUCCGUACUUUAGCUAAACAUGUACAAAAUGUUAAUAAUAAAUGGGAUUCACCCCCCUCA